AUGUUAUCUUCAGAUAUAAGUCCUGAAUUAAAAUGCUCACUGUCGCUAUUGAGCAUUUUAGAAGAAAUGCUGUUUUCAAUGCCUUUGAAGAUUCAAUUGGUGCAGAAAUAUGAACGAAUGCGAGAAAUUGCAUUUUCUAAACUUAAUUUGCAAAGUGACACAACUCACAUUUGGAAACUGCAGCAACAGGCCCAUAGUAAUGCAGAAUCAAAAAACAAAGAAAAAACUGAAGAAAAAAAUAAUGAAAAUAUAUUUAUUGAGAGACUCAAACAAAGCCACAUAAUUACGAAAAAUUAUGCUGCUCUUGUGACGAGAUUAGUUCUGCUAUUGGAAGCUCACUACUCUAAUAUAAGUGAUUUAUUAGAAAAUUCGAAAGAAAAACGACCCAAUUUGAUGAUUUCAGAGAAUGAAAUACAAGGGUUUCCUAGGUUCCAGGUAAAUGCUGAAAUUAUAAGCAAAUGUAGUGAAAUUGAAUUUUCUGAGUCGACUUAUUUGGAGAAAAUCCAAAAGUUAUUUGAUGCUGAAGAGGAUAAUCUAAAGGAUGUCAAUGAGCAAAUAUCAAGAAUAAUUCAAGAAAACAAAACAGCUUCGAAAAGAUGCCAUGAACAAAUUCUUAAUGAAAUUUCUCAAAAAGAGAUGGUAUAUAAAGAAUUAGAUUUAACAAAAAAGAGAAUGCAGGAUAUUGAUACUGAAUAUAAAAUCAAAAUUGAAGAAUUAAAAUUAGCUUGGGAGAGAUCAGAAAUUGAAACCAAAAACUCCUAUUUUUCAGAAAUAAACGAGCUUAAAACCAAACUGAGUAUCCAAAAUGAAGAAAACUCCAAGCUUACUCAAGAACUUGGAGAAAUAAAAAACCGAAUAAGCCUAGAAACUUCAGAGAUUCAUAAGCUUUAUGAAAAUAAAUUAGAAGACUUAAAUAACUCAAUUCUACAUCAAACAAGCUUCCACAAGCAAAAAAUUCAAGAGCUUGAGCUGUCUUUUCAUGGUCGGGAAUCCCAACUACUUAACCAGCUUGAUAAGCUCCAAACUGAAGACUCUUCAGUUCUCAGAAACCUCAGAGAAAACAUUGAAAGGCUUCAAGUAAAAGUCCAAGAACUAAGAGACGUCCUAAAAGCUGUAUGUGACCGUACAAGCCCCAUUUUCGACAAAUUCGCAGGCAAAGAAGAUAUUGCUGAAGACUUCGCCAGAAGAAAAGAAGAAAUUUCUGAUUUCGCUGAAAACGAUAGUUGGGAGCAUUACUCAGAACUUUUGACUGAAUUAGAAUUUAUAGGUUACGCAUUCAGCAAAUUAUCCACCGACAAUGAUUGACUUAUCGACAGACUUGACGAAUGCAGCAAAGAAAACGAAGAUUUGCGACAAAUUCCUCACCAUCUUCCUGAAACUCGAUCCAGCACUUUUGAAGAAGUCCUAAGCAGCCUAUCAGCGAACAAACUUAUUCUCCGCGAUUUCCAAGAAGCAAGGUCUAAGCUGAUGAACCACUUUACUGAUUCCAAAAUCCAUAAUUUAUCUGGGAUAUCUUAA